GCGCAAUCUACAUAGCAACUCUCUGGAGCAGAGGAGGAGGCGAGGGAUCGCUAAUGCGCAUUUUGGGGGACGAAAUAAGAUAAACCACCCCAAACAGACCUGCGGGAAUCAUGGGGAGUGUGUUCCUGCCAGCAGAUGCAGCCCACUCAGUGCUGCGGAGGCUGCGCAGGGCCAACUUCCUCUUGGAGGAGAUGAAGCAGGGUAACAUCCAGAGGGAGUGCCGUGAAGAGAUUUGUACUUAUGAGGAGGCCCGUGAAGCUUUUGAGAAUGAAGAGAAGACGAGGCGCUUCUGGGACGAAUACGUUCGGGAAAGCAGUCCAUCGGGGGGGCUGGAGACGGUGGUUGGUGGAAUCCACUCUCUGUACUUGCUCGUGCCAUUGCUGCUCGUUGUGUUCAUCAUUGCCGCAGUAGCCAUCAGCGUGUGGCGUUGCCACUCACUUAAGCGCUCACAGCGCAGCCCCAGUCUGGGACACUCGCAUCACAACCACGUCCUGUCGGUGGUCUCUAUGGACCAGUGGGGGCGAGAUUACCACCCUGGUGAUCAUUCAGAACUGAGUGUCCACAGCAGCCCAGCCUACCCAGGCUCAGAGCUCACAUCAGGGAGAGGGAGUGCCGGAGACCCACCACCAUCCUAUGAGGAGGCCGUGGGUCAUACAGAUGUCCAGAUAGAGACGGAGCCCCCUCCUCAGUAUGAAGAUAUUGUCAACACCAGCUCUACAAGUGUCAGCGGUGGCCAUGCGAAAUAAAGGUGACUUGAACGACCGCCCCAACAAAAGCCCCAACUCACACAACGACUCAUGUUAUUGUUUAGCAGUGCUACUGCUGUGAUAUCACCAGCCUCCCCUGUUCAACACAUGCACCAGAAACACCUAUUAACUGUAUGGUCAGUUGACAAAUGCAAUCAUUACCAGCCAACGCUGUGAAUUUUGCACUAACCUUUUAUUGUGAAGGUGAAGUGAUCGCAGAAAGAAGCAAGAGACAUUACAAUACCAAAACCAAUCACCACCUCUACAGCAUUUCCUCACGUUGCAAUUAUGCUGAAGCAGAUGCUGUAAGCCAGCAUAUAAGAACGAUGUUGCAUGUGGCGGGAAGCAAAAAAGGUAAUUAUUGCCAUGAGAUAAGUGUAGGCGGAGGUUGGACUGAUGUUUAGUGUCACAGCAGUGGUGGUUUUAUUUCUAGCUGAGGGGAUAAUGUCAGGAUAUUUUGUAAUGAGUUUUAUUAACUUAAAAUAUGAGCACUUUGUUGUAGAAAAUAGUGUGUAAUGUUUUCACUUAUAAGGUGACUUAUGAUAGAUUUUGCAUUGCAAUGCUCAUAAAAAAGCAUCUACUCAAGAACACAGCUGAUUUAAUAAAUUACACAGCCAUUUGUGACUACGAAGUUAAAAAAAAAAGUGAUGCACAUUGCAGAUAUAUUGCUUGUUGUGGUGAUUUGAGUCAAUCUCACAUUUAGUGACAUGAAUUCUCUCUGUGUGAGCAUCCGACUUACUCAAGUUCAGUGUUUACUUUUACCUCAGUUUUAGAUGGCAAAUUCACAAAUAGUCAUAGUCGGUAACUUAUGAAGGGAGUUUUUUGGUUUAGUUAUUAUUUGGCUGUGUGCUGUUUUCAUUGAAAGGAGCAUUAAGAUCUCCGACAGCCCUUUUGUUCAGUGUGGAGUCAGUUUGGGCUGAAAUAGCUAUUAUUGGUUGAAUGACAGGUGACACACACCCCUACGCCUGUGGCUAAUUGAGAGCAUAAUAAUCACAUUUGACUGUGGGAGGAAGCAGGGACUCCUCGAGGAACCUCAAAAAACCACAGAGAGAUAAAUAAGCCUCACUUUAGAUUCAAAUCUGGACCAUUUUGAUGGGAGGUGAUGGUGCGUCAUACUGUUACAGUGCUGCCAGGCAUCAAGGCUUAACGACAGUGUUGUGGUCAAAACCACGUGAAGGUAAAGCCGAUCCUCACUGCAUUCAGCUGUAAUGUCAGGCAAUCCCUUAGGUGUUGGUUUGUUGGUUUCAACAAUGUGCUGUGAUACUGUUAUGUAUUCAUAACUGUCAAUUUGCCAAAUCAGUGCAUUAGUCCAACUUCAGCAUACACUUGUGAAGGUUUUGGAGGUUGCGAGUUACAAAAGGGGCUCUGUUGUAUGUGUGUCAUAUGUGCUUGUGUCUUGGUAAUGCAUGCAUCUCAGCCUGUAUACAUGAAGUUGUCUGUCUCUGCACUGUUUAUCGAUGGUCAGGGCUCAUGCCAUCUGUGGGUCACUGACUUCUGCUCAGAGCCUGCUUUAACUGUGAAACCACCCUUCUCCUUUUUCGUUUAAGCAACUGUAACCUCUGUAUUUGAAUACAGUCUUCUUCUUUUACCGUCACUUGCUGAAGUGGAACUUGUGUUCCAUAUCACUGUAGCAACAGGAGCUUUUUGGAAAAAUCACUGAGAUCUGUAUUUAACGUCACUAUGGACAAAGUCCAUGCCUAGCAUGUGUAAUGCACCUCUAUAUAAAUGUAUAUAGUUUAUAUGUUUGAAAGUUACAGUAAGAUUGUUGUUUUUGUUUGUUUUUUUUUACUGGAUGUGAAUGCAGUGAUUGCAUUGGUACUAAUGCAAGAAAUUUACACUAGGUUGUGAAUAAGUGAAGGCACUUGUAUUAAAGGUUAAGUGAGCUGUUAAAGGUAAAGGACAGUCUGGUUUGACGUCUCCGGCGUCACUCUCAGCAGUAAUGUUAUAAAGUGCUCAUUAACUACAUGCAAUAUUGCUGCAUAUUCUUUCAUACCAAAUACACCAAAUUUUCAAGAUAAAUCUUACACACUUCCUGUCUACGCCGCCUAAAUUUUGAGCACUGAUUUUUAUUAUACUUUUUUGUGAGUUGACCUGUGAACCUCAGCACUUGCUAUGACAUUGGAUCGAGUUGUGCUGAUAAAGGUUGUUGUUUUGGUUUGGCCAGGUACACUAUUACCUGCAAAGCUUUUUUCUUUUUUUUUUUUACAAUGCCUUAUCAGAAUAUUAUAUAACAAUAAAUGCAAGAGAACUUGUGAUAAAUAAUUGACUUGUGCAAGAGCUUGAAUUAAUUUGUAAUAAAACAUUUAAAUGUGCUCUGUG